ACAUUUUACAACUAUUUUAGUGAAAUUCUAUUAAAUAAUAUUUGUAAACAUUUGAAAAAUUCCGUUCAACAUUUGAACUACCGACAAAGCAUUUAAACUAUUUUGACACAUAAAUAUUUGUCAUACGAACUGUCAGAAUGCAUCAAUUAUCAGAUUCAGACUCGAUAGACUCAGAUGAGGGGGUCAGAUUUAAGACCGCGAGUGUGAGAGACAAAUACAAGAAUUCCGAAUAUGGAUACGAACGGAAAUCGCAGAGGAAUGAGAGCAGAUCUAGGAGAGACAGAUCACCAACUCCGGAGGACAGGCGGCAAAGAGACAGGGAUCACAGGAGGAGACAUGACAGGAAGGAGAGCAGAGACAAGCAUGCUGACUACAAGAGGAAAGAGAGCAAGGAAUACAGAUCAGAAAGACAGAAAAAGGAAGACAGGCGCAGCAGAGAGGACAGUAAAAGAGACAAAAGUGAGAGAAGUAAUAGACAAGAGUCGCCCAAGAGUAUGGAGGCUGAGGAGUGUUUGAGAAGGGUUGUGUCCAAAAAAAAGGAAGAUGGAGAUGAUACUGUUGACAGAAAAAAAUCCAAAGAUACAGAUGAAAAUAACGUAAAAAAGAAACCUAGUGAAGAACCUAAUAUAGGACCUGCUUUACCUCCUCACCUAUCAAAGAAAUCAGAAAUGAUUAAAGAGGAAUGUAAAAUGGAUAUUGGACCUGCUUUACCUCCUCAUCUGUCAAAGAAAUCAGAAGAAAUUAAAGACGAAAGUAAAAUAGAUGUUGGGCCAGCUUUACCACCACACUUGGCCAAGAAAACAGAGACUGAAGACACAAAACUGGACGAGAAACCUAACAUAGGCCCUGCUCUCCCUCCUCACUUGUCAAAAAAACUACAAGACAACUCGGAAACUGAUUCAAAACUCGAAAAACCGAGUAUAGGUCCUGCUCUCCCUCCACAUUUACAGAAAAUAGAUACUGAAGACAGCAUAGGCUCCACAGAAAGUGACACAGAAGAACCCCCAAAGAGAUGCAUCGGCCCAACACUUCCGCCGCAUUUAUCCAAUUUCCCCUGCGACGCAAACCCCCAAACGGAGUCGCUGUCUGAAGGCGAAGACGAGGAGAUUUACGGUCCCGUACCCGACAACGGUAAACUGACCGCCGCUCACGUCGCACUGGAAGAAAGGGCGUUGCAGAUGAAGCUGGACAAGUUGAAUCCCAGCGAUGACAAACUUCCGGAACGCGAGGAAUGGAUGAUCGAGUUGCCCGAAGUAAAGGCGGCCAAAUUUGGCCUCGGACCUAGACAGUUUAGGAGCAAGACAGGGCCCGACAUGUCGGAUAGGUCGUCGUGGACUGACACACCCGCCUCCAAGGCGGCGAAGAAGAAAAAGAAGGAGGAGGAGAGGGACUUGAAGGUUGAAGCGGAGGAGAAGAGUAUCAAGGACAGGGACAGGGAACAAGAGAAAAUCUCCAAGAAGCACAAGAGAAACAAAGAAAGUCUUGUUGAGUUGCAUCAGAAGAAGCUUAAAAAGGAGAAGAAAAACUCGGGACCGCAGGAAAGACGUCCGUUUAGUAGGGAGGUGGAUCUGCAAGUAAAUCGUUUCGACGAGGCCCAAAAGAAAGCUGUCAUGAAAAAUGCCCAGCUGUUGGAUGAUCGGUUUUCCUCCGGCAAAUCGAAAUUCUUGUAAAUCUAAUUACAACCAGAUAAAUAAAUUAAAUAUAAUUAAGUACAAAUGUCUGAAACAUGCCAAUAAAUAAAAAACGUCAUAUUA